AUGACGGAACUUCCGCCGUCGGUGGCUCUUCCUGGAGAACUUCCUCCACCAAACCAGGAGUACCUCACCGUGAGCAACACUCAUGAGCGUACAUCUGGCUCCUUGAGCAACGCCUCAAUGAGAAGGACGAUGUCAUCGAUCGAGUACUCCAUCCAGGAGAUCCUUUAUAACAAUAAACAAGAACUGCGACUCCUCCACCUCUCCUGCCUUAUCUCCUCCUCCCACAACAUCCCAACUUACUACGCCACCACCGCCACCCACCUCCGCCAGGCCAAACUCCGGUUCAAUAACACAACCCACCUCCAAAAUAGCCAAAUCCAUUUCCAUGAAUUCGCCACCGCUACUGGUUUCCUCUCUUCUUCCCCCACCCCAAAUCCCACCAACAGAUUCCCCACCCACCUCCAGCCCUUAUUCGAAUCCUCUUUCCAUCUUCACCAGCCCGUGGCCACGCUCCUUCAUAGUAUUGCUGCCACGGCGAAAAAAGUUAUUGUCAUCCAUGAUGUCAUGAUGGCCAAUUAUGUGGUUCAGGACGUUGCUAAUGUUCCAAAUGCAGAAUCCUACGGUUUUAACCCAACUUCUCCCUUUUCUUCUUUCUUCGACGGGUGGCAAAUGAAGGGGAAACCCUUCCUAGACGAACCACCACCGAAAGGGCUACCAUCUUUAGAAGGAUGCUACACUGCUGAAAUCCUGAAUUUCAUAACCCUUCAAGCUGAUUUCCUGAAAUUCACAACUGGAUAUAUCUACAACUCGUGCAGAUCAAUUGAAGGUAAAUACAUUGAUUUAAUAGCAAAGGACGAGUUUAACAAACUGAUAUGGGCCAUUGAACCUGGGGGUAGACCAUGA